AUGGAUUGGGAUUCAGAGCCAAAGCUCUUAUCACUCAUUUCUCGACUAAUGCAUGUCUACAACAUCGCGGAGUCGGAUUCGGCUUUGAACUCGGAGGGCGUAGCACUCAUUAUGCAAAUAGUCUCUUUGAUCAGCACGAUGGAUUUGGAUUUGCAGCCGAAGCCGGAAUCGAAGCUCAUGUCACUCACUACUCAAGCAAUCUCCGCCUUCACCUCUAUGGACUUGAAAUACCAGCCGACGCCGCUGGUGGAGCUCAUAUCGCUCAUUUCUCAAAAAGUCUCAAUAGAUUCGGAGGCGGAAUCGGUGCCGAAGUCGGAUUCGUACUUCAUGUUUCUUGUUCAGCAAAUAACUGGAGUCAGCCCGGAGCAGGAGCUCAUAUCACUCAUUCAUCAAAUAUUGUCCCUCGUUAUCCCUAUGGAUCCAAAGUGGAAGAAUCUGACUUCCUUCUGCCCUCAAGUAGAAGUAAACCUGGAAGAAGGAAAGUUUCAUGUUACUAAAGAAGUCAUGAAAAGGAGCGAAAGCAAGUGGAUGUGUCUCCCUAUACGCUGGGAAAAAUUCGGGUUAAAAGGAGAAGAUACUAGCCAUUUUUUCUGCAAAGGUUGCAACGGAAAAGACCAUCAUGAAUAUGAAAAGGCUCCAGUUGAGAUCAAACACCCUCUUCAUCCAAAACAUUCUCUUCAGCUCGUUAAGUCGAUAUAUACUGGAGCCAAGAAAUGUUAUUGUUGUGAUGAAUCUCUCAGAGUUAUAUUUUAUUAUUGCUCGGCGUGUGAUUAUGCUAUGAAUAUAACUUGUGUGGAGAAACCACGAGUCCUAUCUAUAGACCAUCGGAAGUGGCAUGAGCAUGAUCUUGCUCUUUUCCCAAGAAAGGCGCCCUUAACAUGCGACCUCUGUGGCUUGGCCGAUUCAAGCUGUCCUUUCUAUAUAUGUGGUCCUUGUGACUUUGUGGUCCAUCAAAGAUGUAUUAGCUUACCACGUGUCAUAAGGAUAUCUCGCCAUCUCCAUCGUAUCUCUUUUACCCCUUCUUUUGACUUAGGAGACCGGUCUUGUGGUGUUUGUCGCAAAGAGAUCAACAAGGACUAUGGAGGUUAUUCUUGCAUCACAAAAGGUUGUUCGUAUGCGGCUCAUUCAAGAUGUGCCACACAGAACAAUGUGUGGGAUGGUAAAGACCUCGAGAAUAUGCCAGAAGAAGUUGAAGAAGAACUUGAGCCCUUUGUAAGGAUAAGUAAUGGAGUCAUACAACAUUUCAGCCAUGAACAUCAUCAUAUGAGACUUAAUGAGGAGACAGACAGAGAGUACGACGAGGAUAAACAAUGUCAAGCAUGCGUCAUGCCAAUCUAUUUCGAUAACUUCUACUCAUGCAUACAAUGUGAUUUCAUUCUCCAUGAAGACUGCGCAAAUCUUUCUCGAAAGAUACAUAACCCGAUACAUCCACAUCUGCUCACUCUAGUGGGAGGACAUGAGGGUGUUAUGAAGUAUCAUAAGGACAGAUGUUCAGGUUGUUCAUAUAUUUGUAAAGCUGUUUCUAUUAUGAGUGUGGUGCAAAAGAAUGUGAUUUUACGCUACAUGUGUAGUGCGCCACAAUCUCUGAGCCAUUAG